CCGAAAAAUUCUUUGGCGCGUGUUUUUCCUCCCCUUAGUCUUCGGGAACCCUAGGCAUAAUUGUGUCUUUCUCCUCUCCUCAUCACACGAUCUCUUCACGUUCCCUCUCCUCACACAAUCUCCUCUUCCCGAUCUCCUCACACGUUUUUGCCUUCCACCCCUUUGCACGAACCCCUCUCCUCAAAACUCCUCUCUGCCUAAACCUCUCUCGCUGAACAUCUCCGACGAACCCCUCUCCUGGAACCUCUCCUUCGAACUCCUCUCAGACUAACCCUCUCGUGGCUCAUCCUUUGCUCCUGUCGACUCAUCUCUCACUCUCUUGGCGGUUUCCUCGGCGAUCAAGCGAGAGGCGGCAUGGGAUUCUUUAGGAGCCUCACCCGACUGCCCAGCCCAACUAGGUUCGGCUUCAGUUCCACAUCCAAGCAGGUCACUGAGGGUGUCGACGCUUCCAAGCAGACCGUUAUCGUCAUCGGUUUGUCCAUCCCUAGGAUCUGGAGAAUCACUCUUUGAAAAUCUGUUCUUGCUUAAGCGAGCUUGGCUUUUUUCGAACUCUAGCUUGAUUCGUGUUUUAAUGCACAGAUCUGAUUUGUUUCUGACUUCAUUUUGGUGCCUAAUUCAUCCAAACUCCCACUCUUUCCUCGCUGCUCGUUUGGUGAUGGCUCCUUUUUAUAUUGAAAAACCUUUUAAAAUGUUAACUCUUAUUUUAAUUUACUAAUGUUGCUUGCUGAUCGCUAUACUAAUAUUAUGUCAAUGAAUGAUAAUCUCUCUUCUAGAUUUUGCUGAUUGCCUACACCAAAAUUCUGGAUUCUUGAAUUCGUUUCAAAUUGCUCGAAGACGGCAAAGAGAUCCAUCGUCGGAUCAUCAGUCACAGGUAUUUCGCCGGAAACUAUUCUCUUCUCGAAAAGAUUGUUCAGAUGUACAUAUCAUGCGGCGAGAUUGAGUCUGCCCGUCUCGCGUUCGACGAUUUACUGCAACCAAGUGUCUUCCUGUGGAACGCCAUGAUCAGGGCUUACGCUUGGAAUGGGCCCUUUGGUCGUGCCGUUGAGCUAUACCAGAGAAUGCUCGAUACAGGAAUCGAGCCGAACAAGUUCACAUUUCUGUUUGUCUUGAAGGCUUGUUCAGCUAUGGAGGCACUUGCGGAUGGAAUUCUGAUACACGAGCACGCCAAGAAGGCAGGGCUGGAACUGGAUGUGUUUGUGUCUACUGCUUUGCUCGACAUGUAUUUGAAAUGUGGCUGCUUAGAGGAUGCACACGAGGUGUUCUGCAGAAUGCCCCAAAAAGAUGUUGUUGCAUGGAACGCUUUGGUCUCUGGUUAUACACUGAAUGGAAGGUACCAAGAAGUAGUUCGUUGUCUUCUUCAAAUGCAACGGACAGGAAACAUACCGAACCCUUCCACAAUAGUGGCCCUCCUACCUAUCGUCGGCCAAGCGAAGGCCCUGAUACAAGGAAAAAGUAUCCAUGCAUUCUGUAUCAGAAGACGCAUCGAUAAAGGCGAUGUUCUGGUUAAUACUGCAUUGUUGGACAUGUAUGGAAAAUCCGAAUGCUUGGUUUGUGCUCGUAGAAUAUUCGACAGCAUGAGCUUCAGGAACGAGGUGACAUGGAGUGAGAUGAUCGGAUGCUACACUCUGUGUGGCAGGAUGGCGGAGGCAUUGCAAAUUUUCAGUGGAAGUAGUGGGAUUGGAGCUGAAACUGCAAGGGUUAUGGCCCUCAGAGGAGCACAUGUCAUCAUUGGAGCAAGGAACAUGGAAGCUGCCAAUGUGGUAAAGGAGAAUAUCCAACAGAGUAUUCCAUCUGCCAAAGUUGAUGUCUCGAAGCUUGAACUUAGCUUACAAAAGUCUGCCCGAGCCUUCGCAGACAGAUUCAUUGAAAGGAAUCUACCCCUCAACAUCUUGAUAAACAAUGCUAGCGUGAUGAACUGCCCUUAUAAACUCUCAGAAGAUGGUAUAGAGAUGCAAUUUGCUACAAAUCAUCUGGGUCACUUUUUGUUGACAAAUCUUCUACUUGAGAAAAUGAAAAAUAUAGCAAAGGAGUCAGGAAUCGAAGGGCGUAUUGUGAAUCUAUCAUCUGUAGCUCACAUUGGGAUUUGAAAAUGGCAAUAGAAAAGAUUGUAAGCAAGUUCAUUAUGCGUCUUCCCUACUAAAUCUAUUAUGCCUUUAUGGUCUUUAUUAUGCCUCUGUCCUUUAUUGUCGCAACAAUAAUUUAUUAUUACAUUUAUAUACACUACAUCAUUGCAGAAAAAAAUCAAUUGUUGUACAACAAAAUUUGGAUCUUUAAAUAUGAAUCUGCAUCAUCAAAGAAAAAGAAGUGUUGUCCAAAGAAAUAACCCAAUUAUUUCAUCAAGUGUGCCAAGGUCAUUGCAUCUACUGUACUGUUAUUGUAAGCAUGCUCUAAAUGAUGAAACAAAUAUAUCAAUGAUUUGUGAGCAUGGUUUCUUUGACGAUGAUUAUGAAAUCCUUGUGCACCUUGAAGAUAUCAUUCCUUUUUAUCAUUUGGAUCUCAUAACUGCAAAUUGUAUAGUAAUUUACAUGUGGUAAGUCUUCUUAUUCUAUUUGUUUACCAUAUAAAUUAUAUAAACUUUAUUAAUUUAGCAUUGUAACAUUCUUCAUUUUGAAAUGGUAGGCAUCUUUAUAAAAAAGCUAAAAACAUAUAACAAUGCCCACAAAAUUAGAUUUGUGAAUCCACACAUUAUCCCAUAUGUGCCAUGUGUGACUUGACUGGACAAAAAUAGCAAAAUCAAGCACUUGAAUAAAAGAGCUAGUGUUUUGGCAGAUAAGCUGAGUCAAGCAUCAAGAAAUCAACUAAUUUUAGUGCCACAUAGUGUUGGGUAAGUAAGACUUAUAAUAUCAGUUUUAAUUUAUUAUUUCGAGAAAUAUGCAUGCAAUAAUUAUGUGAUUUGUGCAUAGUUAUCAUUGGAUUCUCACUAUCAUUGAUCCAUAUAAGGAGACAGUUUAUUUGUUGGAUUCGCUUAGUCAUCGCAUUCGUGACGAGGACUGGAAAUACGUAGUGGAUAUGUGAGUACAUAUUUUAAUUUUAUUAAGCAUUUUUUUAAUCAGUAAAGCUCUCAUAUGUCCAUUCUUAUUGAUGUAUAAAGGAGCAUAAGAUUGUUUAAUUCAAACAAGGAAAAAAAGG